AUGCAUACCCACACAAACAAUAAAAUGUACGUGCGCCACUUUCUCUGGUGCAUACUUUUGAACAAAUAAUUAUUAUUAUGCCAUAAAUACUUGAAUCUACUGAUAGUCUAUAUGUACUAUACAAUUUUAGUUGCCCCAUCUGUUUGAUACAAAGACUGAUUGUGGUCAUUUUCCUAUAAGGUCUAUACAUCAACAAGCAUGAACAAUACAUGCCAUAUUCAUUACUCUGCACUUUGAUGUAAGUGUGUGUACAUGCACUCCAUAGAGUAUACACAGUUAGCUAAAUCAUAGUGGCUAAGUUGCUGUACAAGUGAAUGAUGGCCUUCAGUAUCGUUAGCAUUCUACCAUUUAUUUUGGUUGUAACUAUUUGCAACUCAAUUGGACACGCACAACCAGUGUUUCUGACUUUGGGAUCAACCAACAUUACCUCCAACAACACUGAGAUCCUCAUCACCGACAUCGGACAGGAUGCGAGUGGUGGUCUUCCCUCUCUCACCUGUCACACUGACCUGCCUGCCUGCUGUAGAAGUUUUGCUGAAAACAAUGGUCAGGGAUCACUAGGACAGUGGAGGUAUCCUGAUGGGAGUGUGAUACUGAACAAUGGUCUCUCAACAGCUGUUGGGAAUCAGUUCUAUAUUACAAGGAAUGCUCCCCAACUCAUCAGGCUAAACCGUAGAGAGACUAACAACCCCCUCACUCCAACUGGUUCCUACUGCUGUGUGGUACCUACUACUCAUGGGGAGAUGACUUUCUGUGCGAAUUUGGUUGUGUGUCUGUCUCUCCCUCAUCCGACCAAUGGAAUGAUAUCCUAUUCUGACCCAACACUGGGUGUGGGGAGUGUGGCCACUUUCUCCUGUGACCCUGGAUUUAUGAUCAGUGAUGUAACCAAUACCAUUACUUGUCAGGAAGAUGGACAGUGGAGCUCUAUUCCCCCAACAUGUAUGGAGAUUGGUUGCCAAACUCUCAAUACUGAGAAUGCGAUGGUUACCUACUCUGGUGACACAACAGAACCUUACAUUUAUGGAACAACAGCCACUUAUCAGUGCAAUCCUGGGUAUGAGAUAACGAGUGGAGACAGUGAGAGGACUUGUACUGGUGAUGUUAGGAGUUCAGUGGGAGAGUGGAGUGGGAGGAAAGCAGUUUGUUCAGUUGUGAGUUGUGAACCUCCUACUCCUCCCAGUGAUGGAGAAGUUAGUUUGCCUGCUGGCACUGCGUUCAGUAGCGUGGCACACUACAGUUGCCAUCCCUGCUAUCGGCUUGUAGGAGUUUCCUUACAGAUUUGUAUAGGAAAUGGAAUGUGGAUCCCACCCCCACCCACAUGUGAAAUUCUUGGUUGCAAUCAACCUCCAGAUCUUGACAAUGGAGCAAUCACAACACCUUAUAUUUACACGAUGUCUUGCGGCAGUAUGGUCACCUACAACUGUGACAGAGGCUAUUUACUGGAGGGAGUUAGCUCACGUACUUGUCAAACUAAUGGAGAGUGGUCUAAUGGAACAAUACUGUGCAAUCCUAUUGACUGUGGCAGCUUGAGUAGUCCUGACGAUGGUGGUGUAGUAUUGUUGUCUGGUACUACCUUCAUGAGUAGAGCUACCUACUCUUGCAACAGUGGGUACCUACUGAGAGGUACUCUAAUACGUACUUGUGGACCUGAUGGACAAUGGUCCCAAUAUCCACCUAGCUGUGAACCUGUGGACUGUGGUGCAUUGAUGAAUCCAACUAAUGGUCGAGUGGACUCAUUGUCUGGAACCACUUUCAUGGAUAGAGCUACCUAUACUUGUAACACAGGCCAUAAUCGUGUGGGAACUAGCUCAAGAAUGUGUUUAGCAAAUGGAGUUUGGAGUUCUGUAAAGCCAACUUGUAAAGUUGUUGACUGUGGAGCACUUGAAUACCCCACAAACGGCAAAGUUGUGAUAUUGCAGGGAACCACUUUCGACCAACCAGCUGUGUACUCUUGCAAUGAGGGGUACACACUAAAUGGAGAUGCCAGACGUACUUGCACUGCUAGUGGGCAUUGGUCAGGAUCAGCCCCAUCAUGUGAUCCCGUGGAUUGUGGUGAUCUUAGCGCUCCAGUUAAUGGUUAUGUAGCCAUAUCUCGAGGCACUCAUUUUAUGGACACUGCCGUGUACAGUUGUGCCCCAGGCUACAACUUCACUGGAUGCCCCUCAGCAGUGUGUCAGUCCAAUGGCACCUGGUCAUGUGACCCUCCCUUCUGUGCCGACAAUGCAAUGAUCCAACUCAAGUUUGGGCCAACUAGCUAUUGUGUGGAGUGGAAUGAUGAGAAGGCUAAAUUGAUGUACAAGAUCAUGCACAUUGCCAUCACCAAGGCAGUAGGAAAGAGUGGAUAUGACAUUCCCAUGAACAACAUUCAACCUGGCUACUUCACAUGUUACAAAUCCACAACGAGGACAACGUAUCGAACCAUGAUCACUGGUACGAAGAGUCUGAGUGCUGUCGAGUAUGCUGAGUUAAUUAGGGAGUGGGUGGAGUCUGGAGUGACCACCAGGGUGCUGUGGUACGCUAUCAGGAUGGACAAGGCUUGUCCAGUAGUUAUCGCCUCUAUGGAUCAGGAGGAGUGUGUCUAAACUGACUGCAUGACUAAUUAAUUGUCUAUACAUUUUACUUAAUUACUGUGAGAUGACUUUUUAAGUUAUAUUGAAGUAGAUCGAGGUACAAUAAUUACUAUAAUUAUGUGGACCCCAAAAUAAA